AUGAAUGGAAACGUUGAUGAAUACGGUCGUUUAUGGGUGAUUGACACUGGAAUAGUGGAUUCGGCAACUGCACAAAGCAGAAAACUAUGUCAACCUAAAAUAUUGAUUUAUGAUCUAAAUACAGAUAAACGAAUUGGGAAAUACGAAGUACCGAACGAUUUGCUGGUGGACCAGAUCUCCCUUCUGAUCACGAUUGUGGUGGAUAAUAGAGCAGGAGACUGCAAGAAUAGCUACGCCUAUGUGGCCGACACUACAGGCUUCCAGAUCGUCGUGUUCGAAUUAGCAACCGGCAAAUUCUGGCAGUUCAAGAACAAGUACAUGUUCCCAUUCCCUGAGGAUGGCACGUUCCAGAUCGCUGGCGUCAACUUUGAUUUCAUGGAUGGAAUUCUCGGGAUGGCGAUAGGACCCCAGUACCAUGGCGACAGAACAGUGUUCUUCCACAGUUUGGCGAGUCGCAAGGAGUCAUACGUGCAGGCAAGCGUGCUACGCAACCAGAGUCUUCAGGGCUACCUGGACUCGGCCAAGCAGUACUUCUACCUGUCGUCUGGCACACGUCCGUCGCAGUCGGCCGCAGAAGCCAUGACCAGGCACGGUUCGCUCAUUUUCGGUCUGCUCUCCGAGAACGCGCUAGCCUGCUGGAACCGGAACACUCAGUUCAGGACGCAGAACUUCAAGAAACUCGAACAGGAUGAUGUGAGACUCCAGUUUCUGUCGGGUGUGAAAAUAGUCAACGAUGUUCUGAUCCUGGUGAGCUCCAGACUUCAGAACUUCUUCAUCGAUGCCGUGAAUGAUGACGAGAUCAACUACAGAGUUUUCCUGGCCAGCGUCGAUCAGAUCACCAAGGGGACAAAGUGCCAUAAAUACAGUUGACCAGACGUAUUCAGGCCUCUUGAAUACUUGCUAACGUUUCUACUUUGAGUGCGAUAAUCAGAACUGUAAAUAUUAUGAAAUAAGUAUAAAAGUUGAACAGUGGAAGGAAAAUCAAUAAACAUAUUACAAAAAAAUAGUAAAAGUGGACAGUGAUAGGAAAUUCGAAAAAAAUAUGUGAGUAAGAUAGUAGUUAUUGUAGUCAGAUAGGAAUGAUAAGAUGAAAUAUUUGUUGGUUAAUAUCAUAGUGAAGAACUUGGGGCUGCACCUUGGAGUGAUUUUAUACUCUAGAGCUCUAGAGCCUCUUGGCGAGUCUCAUAAUCAGAAAAUUGUGUGAACAUAAAUUGAAAAAUCCUCAUUCAAGCACCAUUAUCGUAUAUGGAGAACUAUGGAGAACUAUGAUCUUUAUUACAAGAGUCGGAGAAAUGAUGAAGAGCAUAGAACUAUGGACAUAUUAUUAUCAUAUACUAUACAUGGAUAGUAUAUAAGUAAGAUACGAAUUUGUUUUGGGAAAUUUUCAAUAUUUGGAGAUAAUUUGAGGAAAGAUCAACAGUGAAAAGAACAAAGGAUAUUAUAGGUCUUAAGUUGUGAUCUAGAUAGUAUUCAAUCAGCUUCUAUAAUCAACAACAAAUGUUCUAAUCUUGUUUUAACUGGGACAAUGUUAGAAUAAUAAUUUGAGAGAUCGUUUGCAAUGGUAGGAUGAGAAUUCCUAUGGGAUUUCCUCAGUUUCAAUAGCAGUAGUUCUCAUGGUAGAAGUUAUUCAAUAAUAAUAUUCUAGUCCUACAAUAGUAAUAGAUCAGAGAAAAUAGCGAAGGAGAUAGAUAGGUCCUUCACGUAUAUUGGUCCAUGGAAAUUGAAUUGGUAGCCACUGUAUUUCAAAUAGGAUCCAUGAAAUAAAACAGUUAUUUAUUCAUUCAAUAGAGCCUAAAAUCAAAAUAGACGUUGAGAGCAAGCUUAAAGAUUCUGAUAUUGUGUUCUUUAUUAGUUCAUUCAACUCUACUAUCAUUUCAUAAUUCAUUCAUAGUAUUUUAUUCAUUCACAAUAUAGGUACUGUAAGCGAGACGAUAUUGCUAAUCUGAUUCCAAAUGGCAUUAUCUAGUAAUAUGUAUUUUAUAAAAUAUAUAUAAAGAAUCUCUUCAACUAUUUAAGUGUUUUUAUCAUUAAACAUUUCAAGCCUUGUACAUGGCUCAAUAUUCCUUCAAUGCAACCAACCGUCAAAAACGAGCCAUGAUCUAAUAAUAUGUAUAUCAUUAUAUUAUAAAUAUAGAAUCUCUUCAAUCA